AUGGCGGACGGUAAACCGAAAGGGGCGGGAAACAGCGGAGAGAAGAGCGCGGCGAUCAAAGAUAAGGAGGAGAAGAAAAAAGUAAUAACAAGGCAGUCAACUUUAGAAGGCUUAGUAGGAGGAAGAAAAGUGACGUUCAAAGACGAGGCGGAAAUGAAGAAAGUGUGGGAUGAAUUAGGAGCAAUGAAAGAACAGAACAAGAAAAUGAAGGAGAAAAUCGCGAAAGAAGGAAAGGAAAGAGAUAUAGAGAUGAGGAAAAUAGAAAGUGUAGUGAGAGAGCUGAAAGAAGAAUUGAAAAGUGGAAAGGAAAAGAUGGAGGCCAUGGAAGAGAAGGUGGAAAGUUUGGAGAGCACGGUAGCGGAGCUGAACGAGAGGCUAACGGCGGCAACGGAGAGGCAGGCGGAGACAUCAGCCGAAACGGGAGAGGAGCGGUUCCACGCCGGAGCAACAGAGGGCGCGAGAGGCUCCACUUGGAGCUUAAGGAGCGGGACGAGCAUGCGGUCGAUGCGCAGCAGCAGAAGCACAGUACGAAGCGGCAGCAGCUGGGGCAGCGUGAAAGGGUUGGCCGAACACAUGGUAGAAUUAGAAAGAUUGAUAGGAAAGAAAGACGAGGUGAAGGAUUGGGUAGAAAAAUUAAUAGAGGAAAAAUUAGGAACAGAAGUAAAGGUAGAGACAGCGAGAAUAGGAGGAGGGAGAAGUAGGGUAGAUAGAGUCGUAAUUGCUAAAUUAAGAAGCGAAGAGGAGAAGAGAAAAGUGAUGAAGAAUAAGAGCAAGCUAAGAGGGACGAACAUUUAUAUAGAGCAUGAUUUAAGUUACGAGGAAAGGAGAAAGCAGGAGGAAAUUAAGAGAUGGUGCAUGGAAAAUAAAAGGAAGGGAUGGAAUAUAAGAAUAGGAAUAGGUAGGGUAGCAAUCGAUGGGCAGUGGAUAAGGUGGGAGGAAGAAGAUAGAAUAAAAGAGAUAGAAGCUGAAGACAACAAAAGACAGGAGAAAGUAACAAAGCAAUUAGAGUGGAUGAGGGAAAAUAGGUCUGUGGUAACAGAAGGAGAAAUAGGAGGAGAAAAAGUGGACGGAGAAGAAAAUUUCGAGUAG